UUUUCCGUUUUUAAGGGACUUAACUUGCUCCCGGGUGCAUCUAAUAACGUAGAAAACGCGAAAAAUGACAUCCCUGUAACUUUGUUUUGGUAAGGCUUUCUCUGCAACCAUGUGAAAAAAUAGGCCAGUCAGAUCCUGCUCCCUUAGUGACGUGGGUAGGGGGCCUAUCGUAAUGUCACCGCCCCUUACUCUGCAUGUUUCCACCCCCGGGCUGACAUUUAGUUUUCGCACGCGAGUCUACGUUCUACCGGUUGUAGCGAUAUGGCAAAAGUUAGAGCUAAGCAUGCUAAUUGUUCCGUUGUUGGUUGCACAGACCAGCACAAAUCACUAUUUAAAGUCUCUACCUCAGAGGUGACAAGACUACAGUGGAUUGAUUUUAUUUUCGAUGGAAAUCCUCCCGAAAUCGUAAGCAAAAACCUGUAUGUGUGUGCACAUCACUUCAAGCCGGAGUGCUUUGUGAACCUUGGACCGUAUGAAGCUGGAUUCGCUUCGAAGUUGUUCCUGAACGAGGGAGCUAUUCCAACUCAACGAGCCAAAGCUGCAGAUGAAGGAAACGCAAGCACAUCUAAGCAGUUUGUUGAUGCGGCCUGUCAGACGGAUCGUCCACCUCCACGUACAUAUGGCACACAGCUGUCUAUGAAGACUCUAUCACAUCCAUUUAGAAGCAAAGGCACACAGACAGACAUUGUGUCCUGCGCCGAUGUUGGCAUUGGCACCUCAGCUGUCAGAGCUUCAGGACCAUUGCAUACAUCCACACCGCACAAAAGGCCCCGUUUUGAACUGGAGGAGGAAGACGAUGACCCUUUGGAAGGUAGCUCAUCUGUGAUCUUUACAGAUCCACAGGAUGUCACAUAUGAUCCUCAACACUCAGUCACUUUGACUGAAACUGAAGAUUUGACAAUGGAAAAUUCUGCUUCGACUCAUAAAAUAUCCACAUACAUCGUGUAUGAGAAUUGCCUACUGGAUUUAUUUGAGUUAUGCCCAAGGUGUCAACAUCAUUCUAAUCUAAAGACCAGAACCAUGGGCACACACUUAAUAGUUGAGCAAAACUGCCCACGUUGUGAGUUCUCAAGGAUAUGGCAUAGUCAACCUAUUAUUGGGUCUACUCCUGCCGGAAACCUUCAGCUCACUGCAGCAGUUUACAUUUCAGGAGGCUCCUUCUUCAAGCUUAAAAGGAUCUUCAAGGCAAUGCAACUACAGCUGUUCGGCUACACCACCUUCCGACGAUUUGCACGGAGAUAUAUCGAGCCUGCCAUCGUGUACAGGUGGAAGACAUUGCAGGAUACCACACUGGAACAGCUAAGACAACAAAAGAAUGUCAUACUAGGAGGUGACAUGAGGGCUGACUCCCCAGGUCAUUCUGCAAAGUAUGGCACCUACACCAUGAUGGAUCUCAGGAAUAACAGGAUUGUUGAUCUUCAGCUGGUUCAGAGCAAUGAAGUCGGUGGGAGUUACCACAUGGAGAUGGAGGGUCUGAAGAGGAGCCUUUCUCUUUUGGAGGAACGUGGUGUUACUCUGGAUAGUGUUGUGACAGACCGCCAUCCGCAAAUUCAAAAAUUCCUGAAGGAGACCAGGAUCAAACACUACUAUGAUGUUUGGCAUAUAGAAAAAGGACUAUCCAAAAAGUUGGUCCUGAUAUCAAAAAACAAGGAGUGUGACAUACUGAAGAAGUGGCUUCGCAGUAUAAAAAAUCAUGUAUACUGGACAGCAGCUUCCUCGACCUCAGGGCCAGAGAGGGUGGCGAAGUGGAUGUCUAUCCUUAACCAUAUCCAAAAUGUCCACAUCCAUGAAGACCCUGUUUUCCCUAAGUGUUUGCAUGCCCCACGGACAUCGAGGGACAAAAGCAAAUGGUUGAAAGCAGGAACAGAGGCAUUUUGCAAAUUAGAGAAGGCCUUGAGUAAUACCAGAAUACUGAAAGAUGUGGAGAAGAUGAGCCCUCACCACCAGACAUCAUCGCUGGAGUCUUUUCACAGCGUGAUCCUACGUUUUGCACCCAAAAACGUGGUGUUUCCUUUUCUUGGAAUGUUGUGCAGACUCUACAUGGCUGCCAUGCACUUUAACGAAAAUGCUGGGCGCCCACAAGCAACAACCUCAACUGGUGAGCGGCUGUUUAAAGUUAACUUCCCCAAGGCCAAAAAAGGAGAAUGUACUGCGAAGCCAGUAAAAGUAGAUCCAACAUACAAUUAUGUUGGUGAACUGAUGGACCUCAUUUUUGAGAAAGUUUUUGAGGACCCUGUUCCAUAUGAGGCAGAGGUGCAGAAGAUCCACAUCCCUGAUGAUCUCUCAUCCCAAUUUGAAAAGCCAGACCGGAUAGAAGUGAUAGAAAGAUAUGUAUCACGGUUCAAUCAAGUGGUGGUCUGA